CGACUCUUGUCUUGUCUUGUCCAUUCAUGAUUGGCUUUGCAGUUUGCACAAUGAUCGUUGUCUGCUUCUAAACGCAAAACACUGCAUCCUGCAAUCAACUAAACUCAAGUUCACGAAUGAGAAAAUGUCGAUUGCAAAUCCCUUGAGUAACAAGUUGGUUACAUGCGUUAUCCUUGAUUUGGAUGGCACGCUUCUUAACACAGAUGGCAUUGUGGGAAACGUUUUGAAGGUUUUGUUGGGAAACUAUGGAAAGGAAUGGGAUGGGAGAGAAGCGAAUAAGAUAGUGGGGAAGACACCCUUUGAAGCUUCUGCUGCUGUUAUUGAAGAUUAUGGACUUACCUGCUCCACUGCUGAAUUCUUUUCUCAGAUUUCACCCUUGUUCGCUGAUCAGUGGUGCAAUAUUAAAGCACUUCCUGGUGCUAAUAGGUUGAUUAAACAUUUGAAGAGUCAUGCAGUUCCGAUGGCCUUGGCGUCAAAUUCUUCAAGGGAAAACAUUGAAGCCAAAAUAUCCUUUCAUGAUGGAUGGAAAGAUUCUUUCGCUGUCAUAAUUGGUGGAGAUGAAGUCAGAACUGGGAAACCUUCCCCUGACAUAUUCAUUGAAGCUGCUAGGAGGUUAGGCAUAGAGCCUUCAAACUGUCUUGUCAUUGAAGAUUCUCUACCCGGUGUUACUGCAGGUAAGACUGCUGAAAUGGAAGUGAUUGCUGUACCAUCAAUUCCAAAGCAGUCGCAUCUAUUUACCGCAGCAGACGUGGUCAUCAAUUCGUUGCUUGAUUUGCAACUCGAAAACUGGGGUCUACCUCCAUUUGAAGAUUGGGUUGAGGGAACUUUGCCCACGGAUCCUUGGUAUAUUGGUGGUCCUGUCAUCAAGGGAUUUGGACGUGGCUCGAAGGUACUCGGGGUCCCAACAGCUAAUUUGUCAACAGAGGGCUACUCAGAACUCCUUGCAGAUCAUCCUACAGGAGUUUAUUUUGGUUGGGCUGGAUUAUCAGGGAGAGGUAUUUUUAAAAUGGUGAUGAGCAUUGGUUGGAAUCCAUAUUUCAAGAACAAAGAAAAGGCUAUAGAACCAUGGUUACUUCAUGAUUUCGAUGAGGAUUUCUAUGGGGAAGAACUGCGGCUUGUUAUAGUUGGUUACAUACGGGCCGAGGCCAAUUUUCCUACCCUUGAAAGCCUGAUAGCUAAGAUUCAUGAAGACCGCAGAGUUGCCGAGAGAGCUCUUGAUCUUCCGUUGUAUUCAAGUUACAAAAAUGAUUCAUAUUUGAGAAUCUCAUAGCACUGAUUUAAUUAAUCCCAUGUCUUCAUUUGAAGAAACACCUGCAUUUGGACUUGUGGUAUUGAUUUGAGGACAAAAUCUACUUCUUGCAGUUCAAUUUGAUGCAGAAAUAGUAACAAUAAAAUGGCCAUUAAUUUCCUUUA